AAACUACUGGAUCUUGAGAUCUGGCAAACACUGGCCUCGGCGCUGUGCACGGUCACGGCCACAUCUGAAUCGCCCGCACACGGCACACGCCUGGUCCACACGACCGCCCGGCGCGAGUCGCACACACGAUGCGGAGAAGAGCCGACAGUCCCCUGGGGCCUGUGACCCACGAACACCAGCCCGCCAAGCGAAUGCGACGCGAAUCUGGCGGCGGUUCACAAUCGCCCCCUCGGUCCGCGAACUCGUACCGCGGCCCAGAGGACACCUCCCCUCGAGUAAUCCGUACGGCCUCGCCCCAGCGGCCCACCCUUCCACCCCUCCACCAACCACCUCACAUGCAGGCUGGUCCUCCGUCGAGUGGCGAGCGCCGCGAUGUACCAUUUCAAAGCUUUGGACAGGCAGGGCGUGCGGCGGGUCAGUCUCAGCCGCCAUAUGGUCACCACCCCAGCCAGAGCUGGCAUGGGCACCGGUCUCGGCACUCGAUCGACACGCCGCACAUCAACUUGAAGAGCCCGUCGCCGCCGGCGGCGACGAGCCCAGAACGCCAGCGUCAAGCCGCUGAGGCGCGGUCCACGAGUGCGCAGCCGCCCAACGCGACUGGAACGCCGACAGACGUCGUGUUCACUCGGGACGUAACGAACCGGCAGCCCCGCUCCAUGAUGGCGUGCAUGCGCUGCCGCAGGCAAAAAAUGAAGUGUGACGGACCUGGGAAGGAGCCAUGUCGAGGCUGCAGACAAGCCGGCGUAACGUGCAUCUUUGAGAGUCGCACCCGGCCAAAGUCGAUCUCCACAAUGCCGAGCCGCGCCUCGCCGUUCUUCGGCGGCUCGAUGCCGCCUGGGAGAGGUGGGACACCUGGUGGUGGACCUGGGUUCUACCCUCCCUCUGCCCAACCCGCGGCGCCGAUCACCUCCCGGCCGACGAUGGUGCCAGACUACGCGAUGCGACCGCCUCACCCUGGUGGCCCUGGGCGCGAACCGAUGCCCCCACCCCAGCCACACCCCAACUAUCCGCCUCCAUUGCGGCAGCACACGCCUCCUGGCCCCGGAGGUCCUGGGGGCCCAGGUGGCCCAGGAGGCCCGCCGCCGCCUCAAUACUACACCGGCCCACCACCAGGUGCGCCGGGAUAUGGCCCGCCCCCUACCGCACCUGGGCCGCCGCCCGUCGUUGUCGCGCAGCAACCUUUGGACCCACGGAUGGACAGCCGAUUGCGUGGGCUGGAGACGGCGUUCCGCAGCGUCGCAAACCUCCCGGCCGCUGUGGCAGGUAUUCAGCAGACGCUCAACUCUCUGCUGCGAACACAAGACGCGCUGGCGUCCCAGCUGGCUGGCGGCGCGGCGCCGACUCUUGCUCCGCACAGGGCCAUCGCUGAGGUCCCGGACCACGUCUGGGAGAGCUACCGCGUCGGCGCGUGGCCUCUCACCCCAUGGCUUCCAGGCAUCUCCCCGCUCCCCGGCCUGCCAGCUCACGUCUUGCAGUGUUUGGGGCGGCGAGCGGCGGCGGAGCGCACCGAGACUAGUCGGCAAGAGGGCGAUGCGGCGGCCGAUACUGUCGUGGCUGAAAUCAGUCGCCUCCUCGGUGCACGAAUUCAGUGGACCCGUGACGAGGUCCUCUCUCUCGGCGUGUACGCGACGUGGACGGCGGACAGCGCACUCGGCUGCCUCGCCGUUGGGCUCGCGCGCGACCUCCAGCUCGAUCGACCUCACACACUGAAGCGGAGCCACGACGAGUGGCGCGAGUGGAUAUAUGUUGUCCUCACGGACCACAUGGUGCACCUCCCGAACUUCGACGUGCCAAUGAUGCACGACCCGCUGGCGCCUCACUGGCGCGAGCUCGUCGCUGAUUCGCGCCCCUCCGACCCAUCCACGCUCGACCGGGACUCGAAACUGCUCGCGUGGCUCGAGUACUCCGAGCUCCUAAUCGAAGUCCAAGCAGCGCAGCGCAGCAACGACCCACCCAGUCCUAAGAGGGAGAGUACGGAGCGCGAGGAGCCCGUCCCGGAAGAUACCCAGCGGCAGCGCGCACGCGACAUAUGGCGCCGCUUCGCGCCGCGCUGGGACGCAUGGGCCGGUUCUGCGGCGGCACGGCAUGAUCCCGUCCUCUCCCUCCAUCUCAACUACGCGAUCUUGUAUACCGCCAGUCCCGUAUGGGCUGCCAGUGAGCGGGUAUGGGCCGCUGUGGCCCAGAGCCACGAGGGAUACGCGCAGCUUGAGCGCGCCCGUGAUGCAGCAUUCGCUGUGCUCCAGACCCUAGGCAGCCCCGAGAUCGGGCGUACCGUCGCGUACAGCUUCCCCGUGCUGCGGUCCAUGUUCGGGCUCGCGAUAGCCCACCUCGUCGGCCUCGUCACCAAGCUCGCGCACACGCCCAUCAUCUCCCUCCCACACGUGCAAGGCCAGCUGCGCGCCGUGCUGGAUCUCCUGGCCGACGCGGCGCCGCUCGACGGUGCGCCCGCUCCCCCAUCCCCGUCCUCGCCUGCGGAGGAUGCGCCGGCCCUCCCGCCCUCCUUGCUCCGCGACAUGGUUGAGACGGGCCAGGUGGCGGCCAUCGGGAAGCGAGACAUCGUCGGCGCUGAGCCCGGGCGCGACCUGUGGCGACGCAUUCUCGGUUAACUGUUACGGACAUUUUGCUUUACGAUCAGCGGGGGAACAGAUCCUGCACGAUUGGAUAUGACUGU